CCGAAUAUUUAGCGUGAGAAGCAUUUGCUGCUGGCUUGCUGUUCUCCUGCGUGUGUAUUUUUUAUAUCCUGCUCAAUGGCAUUGUCAAGGUCGCGGCCGUCAUGGCUGUCGACAUUCUUCACUCUCGCGACCGUACUCAUGCUGUCUACCCCUUCGCACGCCAUCUACUUUUACAUAUUUGGCCGAGAAGCCAAGUGCUUUUAUGAGGAGCUACCGCAAGGAACAUUAGUUGUUGGUACAUACAGUGCGGAAUCCUACAACGACAAAACCGGCGGCUACAGCCAAGAUCCCAAUCUCGGUAUCAUGAUAACGGUCGAAGAAACUUUCGACAAUGACCACCGUGUUGUUUCGCAGCGGGGCGGCGACAAGGGCCGGCUUACUUUCUCCGCCGCCGACGCAGGCCUGCAUAGGAUCUGCUUCACUCCCGAAUAUGGUGGUAAUAAUGGAUGGUUCUCCAGCGGUGGAGCGGUGAAGUUGACAAUUGAUAUUGCAACUGGUGAAUCGAGCAAGUUGGAGAGCGAGGACCGGGGAAAGAUGGAGGAUAUGGCACAGCGAGUGAAGAAUCUCAAUGCCCGGUUACAAGAUAUCCGCCGUGAGCAAGUUUUCCAGAGAGAACGAGAAGCUCAAUUCCGUGAUCAAUCCGAAGCUACUAAUUCCCGUGUCGUCCGCUGGACACUGAUCCAGCUUGCUGUCCUCACUGCAACUUGUGUCUGGCAAUUGUCCCAUCUUCGAUCAUUCUUCAUAAAACAAAAGCUUACAUGACCUGGACGACGGCUACGAUGUAAUGGUUCUUUUCUCACCGGUUGUUUUCUUAUAUAGGCUUAAUUGGGGAUGAUCUUUGCUGCUUGUUAAGGGAGCGCAGAAGGAUAGAAAGAAAUGCUUUUCCCUCCG